CGCCCCCGUCACGUCGCCAAAAAAAACAUCCCACAAUCCUUUACGCCGAAUCUCUCUUUCGGUCUCCAUCUUGGAUCUUGACCACAGACCUGUGCAGCCAUGGGGAUCAGAUACGACAUGUGCGUUGGCCUCAACAAGGGCCACAAGAUCACCAAAAAUGUGCAGAAACCUCGGCCAUCUCGCAGGAAAGGGAAACUGACAAAGCACGUGAAGUUUGUUCGUGACCUGGUGCGAGAAGUGACCGGCUUUGCUCCUUAUGAAAGACGUACCAUGGAGUUGCUGAAGGUCAGCAAGGACAAGCGGGCACUGAAGUUCCUGAAGAAAAGGGUCGGAACUCUGCAGCGUGCCAAGAGAAAGCGUGAGGAGAUGCAGAAUGUCAUCGCUGCCCAGAGGAAGGCUCAAAGAUCUUAGAUGUCAUGUCCUGACCAUGAAGCACGUCUCUGGCACUUCCCAUCAGUAUGUCAGUUGAUAUGUUAAUAAAAGCAACGGUACACAUCCA